CGGAGCGCACAGACCAUGGGAGGGACGGCGGGGCGCAGCCCGGAGCGCUGCCGCUUUCUGGACGCAGAAGCAGCCAAGCCGCGGGAGAAGGGCUGCCCCAGGUACCAGCUCUGCGGACUGCUCUUCAGCCUGCUGCUCCUUUCCCUUAUCCUGAUAUUUUUUGGUGUCAGAUACCUCUGGAACCCGGCACCCAGAAAAGUUUAUGACAUGGAGCACACGUUCUUCAGCAAUGGUGAGAAGAAGAAGAUUGUGAUGGAGAUUGACCCCCUGGCCAGGACAGAGACCUUCAGCAGCGGGAAUGGCAGCGAGGAGAUCCUGGAGAUCCAUGACUUCAAAAACGGAAUAACUGGCAUCUUCUUUGUGGGACUUCAAAAAUGUUUCAUCAAAAGUCAGACCAAAGUCCUGCCUGAGACGACAGAGGCCAAGAUCCCUGAGCUUGAGGGACAAGAAAUCACCACCACCUACUUUGAGCAGUCUGUGGUCUGGGUGCCUGGGGAAAAGCCCAUUCAGAACAAGGAAUUCCUGAGGAGCUCCAAAAUUUUUGACAUCUGCAAAAACGUGACCAUCUUCUGGAUCCACCCCACGCCAAUAGCAGCUCCUGAGCUGGCCAACCUUGAAGGGGCAGAAGAAGAAGAGCCUGAGCUGCAGAUGGACAGCCAGAGCUGGCUGGACGGGGAGAAGGAACACGAGCUGGAGGAGGACACACAGGCAGGGCCCAAGCGUCGGGCACGGCAGCUCACCGAGGAGGAGCUGCCUGUCAAUGACUACUCGGAGAACGGGCUGGAGUUCCACCCUCUGUGGGAUGAGCGGGGCUACUGCUGUGCCCAGUGCCGCCGUGCCCACCGCUACUGCCGGCGGGUGUGCGAGCCGCUGCUGGGCUACUACCCCUACCCGUACUGCUACCAGGGCGGCAGGGUCAUCUGCCGCGUCAUCAUGCCCUGCAACUGGUGGAUCGCGCGGAUGCUGGGCAGGGUGUAG